AAUAGCCAGCCACGAGGGGGCUCACUUUGACUGAUCUGUCAUGUUCGCUUGCAUGAAGGCCAGCAAGAGCCUUUCCCCGCCCGCCCCUGACCAGGUACGGUACUGUCGGUCAUGGUCGCUCUGCGAAAAUGUUCAACGAAUCGGCGUUAGCCGAGAACAUCGGCAGAGCCGUCCUGGCGGCUAUACAACAUUUUUCAACAGCGACAGCAACCGCCUCAGGGCCACCACAGCCACAGGCCACCUCGGCUCCCACCACCUACAAUAACACACCGGGGCCAGCCACACCCACCACCUCCACUGGGACAUCAUACCGCUCGGGCUCCAGCACCAGCGCUACCAUACCUUUACCAGCAACAGACUUCGCUCCAGUGACCUGUCUGUCAAAUGACUACCAAGGAAGACAUCAGAUUUCCAAAGAGGAGCUUGAACAUGUUCUUUCACUGAAAACCACCUUUACAGAAGCGGCAUCUAUUCUUUCAAUCUCAAGGCCAACUUUCUACAAGUUACUGCAAGACUAUAAUAUCCCAACGUCAAAAUUUAAGAGCAUCAGUGAUCAACAGUUGGAUCUUGAAGUGUCACAAAUAAAAACUGAACACCCAAAUGUUGGAGAAGUGAUGCUUAUGGGGCAUCUCCGCUCCAAAAACAUCGUGGUUCAAAGACAAUGUGUAAGAGAUUCACUGCGAAGGAUGGACCCAAUUGGUGUCCUAGCCAGGAGAAGAACAGCAAUAGCUCGGCGAGUAUACUCUGUCCCACAUCCAAAUUUCAUAUGGCAUGUAGACGGAAAUCAUAAGUUGAUUAGGUGGAAAUUGGUCGUUCAUGGUGCCAUAGAUGGCUACAGUAGGAUGUUGAUGUUUCUUCAUUGCUCCAACAAUAAUCGUGCUGAAACUGUAAGAGACCUCUUUACUGCAGCUGUUGGACAGUUUGGCAGACCACUGCACAUCAGGACUGAUCACGGAGGAGAGAACGUUCAGAUUUGGGAGGACAUGCAUGCGAGCAGGGGGGGGAAGGCUCUGUCUUAACAGGAAGUUCUGUACACAACCAGAGGAUCGAGCGUUUUAACCGAGACUUGAACAAAAACUGCAGCCAUAUUUAUGCACCCAUU